GCCAUAACCGGCUUAUUCUAUCAGCGACCAUGGCGUCACGGCUCAGUCUCUCCCAACAUAAUCAGAUCGAUGCUAUGAUUGAAAGCGGCUUGUCGACUAACGAGAUAGUCAAAUCUGUUGGCUGCUGCCGCCGCACAGUUCAGAGACAACGAUUGAAACGACAAGGCCUUCCAACGACGAAAGCACCAGCGACCCCGUCGAACCCCUUGAUCCGUGUCGGCCGAAGUAGCUACAUUACACCAUACAUGCAAGAGAUCCUACGUAAGCAGCUGCUACAGCAGUCGGAUAUGUUCCAAUGUGAAAUGACCGCCUUCCUCUAUGACAAGACCAGAGGAGAAGUGUCGCUCUCCACCAUGAGUCAUUGGCUUAUUUGCGGAACUUGCCGUGUGGCUGAGAUUGGUGGUUGGGGUGGCUGCAGCAUUUGGUUGGUUGGUUGGACUUGUUCUUGGAUGAGCGUAAGGGUGAGACAGGAACCAGCGAACUACUCGGACCGCAGCCACCCAACGGACUCCGUAUGCCAUCAGGUCGACCAGGAAGUCUACAAUAUACAGGCAUGAUAAUAUCACGAUAAGUGGAGGAAUACGACCCAAAAAUGGACUUGAUUCGUUUCUCUGGUUUACUGUAGAAGAACAGAUCUGAUGCAUAGUGAAUGAUUUCUAUCUGUGUUUGGUUUGUAAGUCUAGUCGUGUUUCCAGAAAUGGCUUCCCGCUGCGGUUCCGGUUACGCUGUUGUUGUGGUGGUGGUCGAUGAGUCACCUCACCCACAUAAUGGCGUUCAUAGCCUCGUCAUUUUCAGCUAGGGAGGGGGUGCAAAGGGAGACAAGCGCUUUUUGACAUGUGAUGAUUAGAUCAGUCUCACUACUCGCUGAUCCUCGCAAGAUCACAUGAAGAACACCGAGUGGGGUCGAAUGAAACCUACGGAGUCGUAAUCAUACCACCCCAUGAGUAGG